GGGGGAAAGGGGCAUAUUCCUCUUCCUCGCGAUAAUCAAACGUAAAAAGGGAAGAAGAAGAGGAAGAGGAAAAGAAGAAGAAGCCUCCAAUUCCUCAAUCCUCAAUCUCCAUCCAUCGAGCUCCAGCUCCAACUCGAUCUUUCCCACGGCCCCCCCCAGAAAUUCAGCCACAAAAUGCGUCGCAAUUGCUGCCACGUGUCCCUCGGCUUCGUCCUCAAGCUGCUGAAUUACCUCCAGACCUUCGUCGGCGUCUCCAUCCUCCUCUACUCUGUGUGGAUGCUCAACCAAUGGAACGAUCGCGCCGCCCCCGCCUUCCCCCCGCCGGCCUACCCGCCGGGCUCCUCCGCCGCCCCCCUCUCGAGCGCGCGGUCCGCCGAGAUGGCCCUCGCCGACCGGAGCUCCGGCCUUGAGCUCGCCGCCGACGUCGUCUCCCGGUGGGACGACGGCCUGGGGCUCGCCCUGCGGUCGUUCGAGCUCCCCGCUCCUUGGUUCAUCUAUUCAUUUAUGGGAUUGGGGAUUGUGUUGUGCUGCGUCUCGUUGAUUGGCUGCAUCGCUGCGGAAGCAUUAAAUGGAUGUUGCCUCUGCUUUUACACUCUUCUUGUAUCGGUGCUUCUUCUCUUAGAAGCAGCUCUGGUGGCGUUUAUUGCAAUUGAUCAUCGUUGGGAACAGAUUCUUCCUUCAGACCCUACUGGAGAACUUGAUAGUCUUCGCUCGUUUAUUGAAAGCAACAUCGAAAUGUGCAAGUGGAUUGGCAUUGCUGUUGUUGUAAUACAGGCGUUGUCCCUGCUCCUUUCAUUUGUUUUGCGAGCAUUGGCUUCUCCUCGGAGAGCUGAUUAUGAUGGUCUGGAUGAUUAUGACAAUGUUGAAGGUCGGACCAGAGAGCCACUUCUAAAUCAUAAAUCAAGCACAACAUCCGGGUCUGCUAAGUCUGAUGCUAGAGGUGGUCACACUGGUAUUUGGAGUUCACUUGUGAGAGAAAAGUAUGGAUUGAACAACAGUGCCAAAUUCGGUUCGGACAGCCAGAACGCAUCAGGUAGUACAAAAACAAAGUGAUUGGAAUUGGAUGCGAUACUGUAUGUUGCAGGCAAGGGAAAGGAGCAAACCCCAUUCUUCACGAGUGACUGAAAAGUAUUUGUCAUGUGGAUCUGACUGAAAGCAUUUUGCAUAUUGAUUAGAGAUAGAAGUUGUGAUGUGCAUAAGACUUGAAAGAUCAUUUGUAAAAAAGGGUACUAUUAGCUUGACCUUUUUUUUUUUGUGUUUUUUUUUUUUUUGGGGGGUGGGUGGGUGGUUGGGUGUGGUUUGGUUUGGUUUUCAGUGGCUUGGGUCGAUGACACUCCAUUCUUACUACGCAGCAUAACGGUCGUUCAUACGUGAUUAACAGUUGUUGGUUGUGUGCUCUGUUGUAGCAUAAUAUUCUUGUGUCUGCGUCUAUAAACUAUUGGGAGCACCUUCAUAGCAAUGACAUACGUGAUUCAACUUCA